AUGGUUGAGGUUCCCAAGGGGGCUAUUAGUCCUGGUGAAAGCAGGUUUUUACCUCCUCAAUUCAAAAUUCCAACACCAGCAUGGCUUCAUCACCAUCCUCAUCCCUCUCCCCAUUCCUCCUCCAAACCCUCUCCACCAAGCCCUAACCCUCCCCCAUGGCUCCCACCACCACACCACCCACCUCUCCUCCGCCACCUCCUCCUCUCCUCCUCCUCCUCCUCCUCCUCCGCCAUGGGCGACCUCCGCCAACUCCACGCCCACGCCGUCGUCUCCGGGGCCAUGGGCGACCCCUCCGUCGCCUCGCGCCUCAUCUCCCUCGCCGCGGACGCCUCACUCCCCUACGCCCUCUCCAUCCUCGCACAAACCCCCUCCCCCGACCCCUUCGCCCUCAACGCCCUCCUCCGCGCCCACGCCCUUCGCCCCGACCCCUUCGGCGCCCUCCGCUUCUACGCCGACGCUCUCCGAUCCCCCGCCGCCGCCGAAUUCUCCUUCCCCAACCCGCGCACCUUCCCCAUUAUCCUAAAGGCGUGCUCUUUGGCCCCGGCGCUGCGAUUCGGCGAAAUGGUGCAUGCCCAGGUGGUCAAAGUGGGCUUGGGAUCUGCGGCUUCAGUACAAAACUUCUUGGUCUAUAUGUAUGCUUCUUGCGGUCGUAUAGAGUUGGCGAGGAUCGCCUUUGAUGCGAUUUCGGAGCUCAAUGCGGCCUCGAUGAACAUGAUGCUGGAUGCGUAUGUGAAGUGCGGGCAUUUGGGCGAUGCGCGGAAGGUGUUCGAUGAAAUGCCUGAGAGAGAUGUUUUGUGUUGGAGUGUGUUGAUUAAUGGGUAUGUUCAGGAUAGUCAUUUUAAAGAGGGUUUGGUUUUGUUUAGAGCGAUGUUGGGGGAGAAUAAAGAGCCCAAUGAAAGCAUAUUGGUGAACGUACUCUCCGCGUGCGCUCAUUUAGGGGCGAUCGAGCAGGGGAUGUGGGUCGAAGGGUAUGUUAAAAAGAAGAGCAUAAGGCUCAGUGUUCGCUUAGGUACUGCGCUUCUCGACAUGUAUUUAAAGUGUGGUUGUGUAGAAAAGGCUUUCGAAGUAUUUAGGACCAUGGAGGAGAGAAAUGUGACCACUUGGAGCGCGAUGAUCGGAGGGCUUGCGGUUAAUGGUCACGCUAAAGAUGCUUUGGGUUUAUUCUCGCAAAUGGAGUUCGAUGGAAUAAUACCAAAUGAAGUAACAUUUGUUGGUGUCUUGAAUUCUUGUAGCCAUUCCGGGCUAGUCGAAGAAGGAGAAAAGUACUUCAAUUCUAUGACAUCAUUGUAUGGAAUCAAACCAAAUAUUCACCAUUAUUGUUGUUUAGUUGAUCUUUACGGUCGAGCUGGGUUAUUAGAUAAAGCAGAGAAAGUGAUUAAGAAGACGCCGAUGAAGGCCAAUAGCGCGGUUUGGGGAGCUCUACUCAAUUCAUGCAAGAUUCACGGGAAUGCCGUGUUAGGCGAACGAGUAGGAAAGAAGCUUCUUGAACUGGAUCCGACAAACAGUGGGAGGUAUGUGCUGCUAUCAAAUAUAUAUGCAGUAAAUGGAAGAUGGGAAGAUGUAGCAGAGUUAAGGAGAUUGAUGAAGGAAAGAGGGGUAAAUAAAACACCAGGGAGUAGCUUUAUAGACCUAAGAGGUAGUGUUCACGAGUUCAUUGCGGGAGAUAAAAUUCACCCUCGUAGAAGAGAGAUAUACGCAAUGGUGGAUGAAAUGGGGAGAAAGCUACGAGCGGCGGGGUACCGACCCAACACCGACCAAGUGUUGAUUGAUAUGCAUGAGGAAGAGAAGGGCACCUCACUUCUCCACCACAGCGAGAAAUUGGCUCUUGCCUUUGGGUUGAUAUGUAGCGAUCUGGGUUCUGUAAUCAGGAUUACAAAGAACCUUCGUGUUUGUGACGAUUGCCACGAGGCGAUGAAGUUGGUAUCGAGGGUAUGCAAGCGAGAAAUUGUUGUGAGGGACCGAUGCCGGUUCCACCAUUUUAGGGAUGGUGCUUGUUCUUGCAAAGAUUAUUGGUGAUUUUAGGUGGAGUUGCAUCAUGACGAGAGGAAUUGAUCUUUCGAGAGCUUGGAUCAUUUGGUGUUCUAAUUGUGUAUGAACUGAUUAUCCAAUGACUAGAAAGAUUGCUCACCAACAUAGAACGCAAAUAACCAUGAUUACCGAGAUUACCAAGCCAAUAUAUUGGGGAACUCUGAGCUGAUAAAGAGAAGCUAUUUAGAAAUGGGUGCUGAGAAUCACCACAACCUAAGGUUUGUCUAAAUGAACAGGUUAUUGUGAGUAAAAUUUCCUUUUUUUUUGUUGUUGUUAUUGUUGUGAUAUUUCUGAAUAUUUAGUUUGCUUGCUUUGCAAUUACUUUAAGUGAACCAAAGGCUACUAUAAUAUAUUUACCUACAUAAUAACUGCAUAGUCCAAACAA